CAGCACCUCUCGAGACUAGGACAGUCAGCGAGACUCCUUUGGUGUUAAACCAUUCUUCACACACCUGCAGACGUCGAGGGUUACCGUAGUCACUCUUAAAGACGCAAAGUCAUUCGCUUUUGUCUGACCUGAUGGCGUUGCCCCCGGAGCAGAUUCGCAUCAAGCGCCGCAGGGAAGAAGAGCCUGUGGAGACUCUGUAUAUUCAAUCUCAGACACGCGAGACAAAGAGACGUUUUACGGACUUUGUGUUUCAACGCGUUGUCCUAAAUCAAGAUGGAGUUUAUGUCCGUGACAUGUCAGGCCAUGCUGGCGCCCAAGAGGCAAUUAAAAGCACUGCGGAUUCUGAUAGCAUGAGAGCUGCUAUCAAUGGCCCGAGUGUGCCGGUCGUUAGGACCGGGGAGGAGUUGCGCAAGGUGGCUGAGGCUGCGAAACAGAAAGCUAGCACGAGAGGGAUGGCUGUUCCCGUAAAGCCACAUGCACGGUCAACUUCGAUGAAGCUUCCGCCACGGCCAUUGCCGUCGACGGUGACAAAAUCUUCAGUGAAUUCUACGGUGCGCAAGUUUCACAUAGCAGCGCCGGUGGCAGAUGACCUUGUGCUUCAUAAGGUUGGAGGGGGAGUGCAGAAAAAGAAAGGGCCAAGACAUGCUGUGGUCGUGGAACAAAAAGGCGAUAUUGUUAGGGGGCUAAGCGAACUCGCAGCACAGAUCGGCGACAUCGGAUCUACUACCGAUAUCAAGGCAGAAGACGUAAAAAGAGAAGUUGAAAUGGUAGACGCCCAAUCACCUACGAUUAGUCCAAGAAAACGUCGCGUCGUUAAUGAGGCUGAAAGGAGGUGGAAAGAGAAAGCCAAUGCACAUCGUUAUACUGAUCGUGAGACUUAUGAUCGGAAAGGGAAAACUGGCACUUCGAUUAAAGACGACCCAGCUACCUGGGAUUAUGACUCUGCUCAGCUUGCAGAGGAGCUGGAACACGCCACUCUGGAGCUGGCCUUUGGAGAGCCUAUCAAACCCGCUGCGACUCCCGAACAAUCUAAGCUUUAUCUGCCCGCAACCAAGCCCGUUCUCAAGUAUCGACCACGUGUCCCUAAGCAACAGCAAAACAAGCGCGAUGGUCGUGGACAUGGAUUAGGUCAAUUUGAUGGAGUAGACGAGUCUGGCGAAACCUCCUUGACCAUUAAUGAACCUUCUACCUUCGGAAUCGGACUAGAGGAUAUAUCCUCCAUGAAAAACGCCCUCGAAGAACAUGUGAUUCGAGCCAAAAACGAGAAAGAUGAUGAGUCUGAUUAUGUAUAUGACAUUUUCAUUCGACGCUCUCUUCAAGAGCUCGCUGAUGACCCAAAAUUUGCCCAAUUCCAAAACGGCGAUUGGUAUGUAGGAUAUGAAAACGUGCCGGCAGACAUUGGUGUCGUCGUUAUUUCAGACAAAGAUGUGCAUUACUGGGACGCGGUUGCUGAAGACGAUGAAGAAGAUAAAGAUUGGAAUACGGAGGAUGAAGAUUCGAAUGCCGAAGAUAACCCCGCGAACGAAUAUCCCGACGAAGACCUCGACCUUGAAGAUGAAUUCGACGAUGUGAACGCAGCGUAUAACAAAUAUCGCAAUUAUGGAUCCGAUUAUGAGCAAUUCGACAUAAAUGAUGAGGUUAAUGAAUAUGGGUUCAAACCGACGUCAUAUACUAGUUCCGGGGAGGCUUCGUCGGACGAUGAGGAGAGACUUGCAUGGAGAGAGUGA